UAGAAAUUGGAGGGCGGAGGCUACUCAUAGGCCCUGGAAACACCUGCUUUGGGGACAGUGCUGCAAUGCAAUAUUACAACUGCCAGAGGGAUUGACAAGGCCCCCAAAGAGAACAUUUCAUCCCUCCUCCCCAGUUUCAGUUUUAAUUCAUAGUGGUAACAUGUGUUUGUGAAGCUUUUACAGAUCUUAAAACUAGCCAACCAAGGGAAAACUCUUACUUAUCUUUUCUCUAAGUUUUUGUAAAACUGGAACAGCUAUUUUGAAGAUUGGACUUAGAGAGAAAAUUCAAAUUCAGAAGUCAAUACUAUAUGCAUUAGUUUUGGAAAAAUUAGCAGAGGACUACAGCAAAGUUUUCUUUAAUUUGGAUGCCAUUGCAGUGACUGGAUUUACUGUAUUGUCAGCUUCAUCAUCAACAAAUAAAAAUGCUAAACAUUUCAUGUAUUUAAAAGUAUUUGAAGACCUCAGUUCAACUCUUUAUGUUUAUGUUGUCUGUAAGAGAUCGUCCCACAGAAUUGAUGUCUUUGGUUCCAGCAACAAACUAUAUUUAUACACCACUGAAUCAACUUAAGGGUGGUACAAUUGUCAAUGUCUAUGGCAUAGUGAAAUUCUUUAAGCCCCCAUAUCUAAGCAAAGGAACUGAUUACUGUUCAGUUGUAACAAUUGUGGACCAGACGAGUGUAAAACUCACUUGCCUGUUGUUUAGUGGAAACUAUGAAGCCCUUCCCAUAAUUUAUAAAAUCGGAGACAUUGUUCGUUUCCACAGGCUGAAGAUCCAGCAAUAUAAAAUGGAGCCUCAGGGCAUCAACACCUCUGGGUUUGCAUCUCUGACGUUUGAGGGAACUUUGGGAGCUCCUGUCACACCUCGCACUUCCAGCAAGUGCUAUUCCUUCUCAGCUGGGGACCAAAAAAUGGUAGAAGCCUUAAGAGUUUGGGCAUCUACACAUAUUUCCCCUUCUUUAACCUUAGUGCAAUUGUGUAAUGUUCAGCCGAUGCAGUAUUUUGACCUGACUUGUCAGCUAUUGGGCACAGCAGAAGUGGAUGAAGCAUCAUUUCUUCUAAAGGUGUGGGAUGGCAAGAUGCCACCGUUUCCAUCGUGGAGAGUCUUGACACGAGAGUAUAUUCUUGAGGGUGACUUAAAUCAAAUAGACCGUCUCCAGAAUCUGAUAAUAGACGUCGUAGUCUAUGAUAACCAUGUUAAAGUGGCAAAAUCCCUUAAGGUUGGAAGCUUUCUCAGAAUCUAUAGCCUCCAUACCAAGCUCCAGUCAGUGACUUCAGAGGCCCAGCCUUCACCAUUAAGACUGGAAUUUCAUCUCCAUGGAGGUACCAGUUAUGGCCGGGGAAUCAGGAUCUUGCCAGAAAGUAACUCUGAUGUGGAACAAUUGAAAAAAGCUUUAGAAUCUGCAGAUUUGACAACCUGUCAGCACCAUUCAACAUCACCUCAUCCAGAGCAUGAUGCAACCCUUUCAAGUUCUGGAUCUCUGUCUUUACAUGAUGUUGAAAGAUGUCAACAAAGAUCUGCUACAAUACUUACAGAUCAUCAGCAUUUGGAGAAAACACCUUUAUGUGCCAUUUUAAAACAAAAAGCUCCUCAAGAAUAUCGAAUUCGAGCAAAAUUGAGAUCAUAUAAACCAAAAACACUUUCUCAGUCUGUUAAACUUCAUUGUCCUAACUGUUCUACACUGCAAGAAGUUCCACAUGAAGACAACUUAAGUAUAAUUCUGCAAGAUGCUUCAACUAAAGCCCCAGAUACUAAACUACAUAAUACAUUAUUAUAUGAUUCAAAAACCUGGAGCACUGAAGAUCAAGGAGGGCGAAAAGUAGCUGUGCACUUUGUGAAAAAUAAUGGUCUUCUUCCUCUUUCAAAUGACUGUCUCAUUUUAGUCGAAGGUGGAACACUCGGUGAAAUCUUUAAACUGUCCAGAAAGUUUCACAGUGUAAUUCCUGUGAGAUCUGGCCAGGAAGACCUGGAGAUCCUUGACCUGUCAGUACCGUUCCUCAUACAAGGAAAUGUGUAUUACUAUGGAUGUAAAAACUGUUCCAGUUUGCGGACAAUACAAAAUUUAAAUUCCCUUGCCAAUAAAGCAUCAUGUAUUUCUUAUUCUGUGGCAGAAGCCCUGGGUGUUGUACCCCUCCGUUAUGUGUUUGUUAUGACGUUUACUCUUGAUGAUGGAACAGGUGUGUUAGAAUCUUAUCUCGUCGAUUCAGAUAAAUUUUUCCAGAUUCCAGCCUCAGAGAUCAUAAAUGAUGACGACCUUCAGAGAAGUCUGAGCGUGAUCAUGGAUAGGCUUUGUCCUCCAGGAUUAAAACUCGGUGAUUCAUAUCCAUGGUUAGAAUGCUUUAUCAAGUCAUAUAACAUCACAAAUGGAAAGGAGCAGCACGUUUGCUAUCAAAUUUUUGAUACGACAGUUGCAGAUGUUGACUAAUACUGCCAGUGAAUUCAUUAUCUGUAAAACAUUGUAAUUUUUGAAGGUGGCACUGCUAUGGAUGAAAUUCCUAUAAAACAAAGGAAAAUGUCAUCGGCUUUUAAAAUACCAUUCAAAUUUUCAUUACUCUCUCAGAUUUUUUGUGUAAAUAGUUUGUUACCUGAAUAGUGCUUUCUUAUACAUAUGUAAAAAAUAUUUUGGCUGUUCAAAAUGUACAGCAUAUUACCUUUCAGAGGUGUAAAAGAAAAAGGCGUUAGAUUAAUAAAGACUGUGUAUUCAUUUGAA